UCUUAGGUCAGAAUAAAGCUGCUUGGUUCUCUCUCUUGUGGGUUAGUCUCAAAUCCUGCAAUUGAGUCAGGGUCCAUCACAACCUAUCAGAAGUCUGACUGACACUGGGUGCAAUCUCACCGGUGUUUUCAGCCCCAGCCCAAAUCUUGCCAACCAAGGACAAAAAAGCCCCUGCUGCGCAUAGCGACGUAAUUACACGCCUGCAGCUGGUAGAAUUGUGGCGCUUAUCUCAACAUCUCAGAAUACCCUGGUCUUGUACGGGGGUCCCUCCGUCUUGGAACAGUAUCACCUCCGGGACCUCCGUGAUUUAAACCUGCCGGCACCGGCCCCGGAAGUUAAGCCGAGGUGAGACAAGGUUAGACCCCGGGCGAAAUGGAGACCGAUAUCAAGGCCAUCCUCCCGAAUGUGGACCCCGUCGUCUCGGAGUACUCGGUUGGAUACCUGACACACGCGUCGACGGCAUGGACCGAUGAGGAGGACAACGCGGGGCCGCCACCGCUGGCCGAGGCUGCAUCCGUCAUCACGGAGCUCCUUCUCUCCGCCUCUGGCAACCCCGACGCCAAGCUGCAGGAAAAGAUUCGUGCUUUGGUCGACAAGUGGGUGGACAAGUACUCCGAGGCCAACGGGUCGACCGAGCGACGUGGCCCUUCGGUCAAACGUCUUGACCAGACCAUUCAGGUCAGCGCCCAGCGAAACAUGUCGUCGACGCUGGCCGUGUCUACCGGAGGCGUGGACCUUGAGUCUGCCAACGCUCGCAAGGUUGAGUCAAAGGUCGACCGGAAGAAGCUUGAAAAGGCCGAGCGCAAGAUCGCCGCAAAGCAGAGCAAGAAGACGUUCAAGACGGUCGAGUAUGAGUCUUCUCGCCUGCUCAACCAGCCCGACCCAGCCCAGUCGUACGAGGACUUUUACAUGGCCGUCAACCCGCUCCAACUGGGCGCUGGGGCUGCUGGAAAGAGCAAAGAUAUCAAAAUCGAGAACACGGAUGUUUCCAUCGGUGGCACCAGGAUCCUCACCGACACUACCCUCACGCUAUCUUACGGUCACCGGUAUGGUCUCGUUGGUAACAACGGUGUUGGUAAAUCCACGUUGCUUCGCGCUCUUUCACGAAGAGAGGUUUCCAUUCCGACACAUAUUUCUAUUCUUCACGUCGAGCAAGAGAUUACGGGUGAUGAUACUUCAGCCAUACAAGCAGUUUUGGAUGCCGACGUCUGGCGCAAGGUGCUCAUCAAGGAGCAAUCUCAAAUCACAGAAAAGCUUGCCGCUAUCGAAGCCCAAAGGUCAUCCAUGGCCGACACCUCGGAAGAAGCAGCCAAGCUCGAUCGUGAGAGAGAGGCUCUCGAUCAAACCCUUGGCGAUGUCCAAGGCAAACUCGCCGAGAUGGAGUCCGACAAGGCCGAGUCACGAGCUGCCAGCAUUCUUGCUGGUCUUGGUUUCUCUCCAGAGCGCCAGCAGUUUGCCACCAAGACCUUCUCCGGAGGUUGGCGUAUGCGUCUCGCUCUUGCCCGAGCGCUGUUCUGCGAGCCGGAUCUUCUUCUUCUCGACGAGCCGUCAAACAUGUUGGACGUCCCCUCGAUCACAUUCCUUUCCACAUAUCUGCAAUCAUACCCGAGCACGGUGUUGGUAGUUUCUCACGACAGAGCCUUCCUCAACGAGGUCGCAACCGACAUCAUUCACCAACACUCGCAAAGACUGGACUACUACCGCGGCGCCAACUUCGACACCUUCUACGCCACACGCGAGGAGCGCAAGAAGACGGCCAAGAGGGAGUACGAGAACCAGAUGGCACAGAGAGCUCAUCUCCAAGCCUUCAUCGACAAGUUCCGCUACAACGCUGCCAAGUCAUCCGAGGCCCAGUCCCGUAUCAAGAAGUUGGAGCGUAUGCCCGUGCUGGAGCCGCCAGAGGCUGAGUACAGCGUGCACUUCCGCUUCCCAGACGUCGAGAAACUAUCACCACCAAUCGUCCAAAUGUCAGAGGUCACAUUCGGCUACACCCCCGACAAGAUCCUCCUGCGCAACGUCGACCUGGACGUGCAACUGGACUCGCGAAUCGGCAUCGUCGGCCCCAACGGUGCUGGUAAAACAACGGUGCUGAAGCUCCUCAUCAGCAAGUUGACCCCGACGUCGGGUAUCAUCUCGCAGCACCCCCGCCUCCGCAUCGGCUUCUUUGCCCAGCACCACGUCGACGCGCUCGACCUGACCGUUUCCGCCGUGUCCUUCAUGGCCAAGACGUACCCUGGCCGCACCGACGAGGAGUACCGCCGGCAACUCGGCGCCUUUGGCAUCACAGGAACUACAGGUCUACAAAAGAUGGAAGUCCUCUCCGGAGGUCAAAAGUCGCGUGUCGCCUUUGCUUGUCUGGCCCUGACGAACCCGCACAUCCUCGUGCUGGACGAACCGUCUAACCAUCUCGAUAUCGAGGCCAUGGACGCCCUGUCAGAGGCGCUCAACCAGUUCCAGGGCGGUGUGCUCAUGGUAUCUCACGACGUCACCAUGCUGCAGACCGUGUGCACGAGCCUGUGGGUCUGCGACGGCGGUACAGUCGAGAAGUUCAACGGCGACGUCCAGGCGUACAAGAAGAGGAUCGCCGCCCAAGCCGAUGCCGCUGGUGUUGUCAAGGCGCACUGAGCCGAGGGAUAUAUGUAGUACUUUUUUCAGCUUUACAAGAUUGAUAGGGGAACAAAAAGGGCAAAAUUAAGAAAGAAAGUCUCGAAACAACACUUGCAUUCUUCGUUGUUGAUGAUGUGUCUAGAGAAAUGACCGGUGACUUCUUCUUGUGUAACUUUCAUCAACACCUUUCUGUCCCCAGUUCAUACGUUGCUU